AUGGAAACUACACAUGCUCUAGCGGAUUCUGAGGAGGAAGUUAUUUUCAAUCCUUUUGAAGCCUACCUUAAUAUUGGUCGACAUCUUGUUUGCAGAAAGGACUUCAAACGUGCCCUAUUUUAUUUAGAUAAGGCUCAAGGAAUUGAACCUAAAAACGUGGAAUGUUUAUUAAUGCGCGCCACCUGCCACCUCUUCCUCACAAAUAACGACGAGACCAUCGAGUUAGCCAAGGCUGCACAUGAGAUAACCAAACGCAAUCCCCACGCGAUUCUCCUAAUUGCAGAGGGCUACUACAGAAAAGGUGACUUCGAAAUGGCCCUGAAGUAUUUUAUCAACGGCAAGAGGAUGAGAUCCUCCAUUGAGGCUUUCACUUCUGGUGUUCACAAAUGCGAACAAGCAAUUAAAAACAAUUGUGGAAAUGACGUUGAUCCAAAACUCUGGCCAGAGAUGGAUCUCACUGACUACUAUAGCUACGCCUUCCCACCCAAAAAUACUUCCAACAGCUUCACACUUGACGCCAGGAAGGCGACAGUUGGUGAGAAGGACACGGCUGACAAGAAGUCGACUGAGAAGUGGCCAGAGAUGAUGCCUGCGGAGACACUACGCAAAGUCUUCGGCAAAAAGUACUCCGAGUAUCUCUACAUUCAUGAGAUGUAUCGUGUUGAAGGUAGGCAACUCUCUUCCGCAUGA